AUGCUCGCCGUAUCCGUGGUAAGCUGUCCGUGGAAAUUGUCAAAAAUUUCAUCGCCGCCGCCGCCGCCGCUCGGAAUUGAGCUCAUGAGCUACCCACCAUUGUGGGCAAGCAAUUACUUGGGUAUAAUUGAAUUUUUGAUCAGUGACGAUGAACGUGCAAAACGACUUCGAUCCGAAUACGUGUUUAAAGUGAUCCCAAUGCUGAAUCCGGACGGUGUUUUCUUGGGCAACUACAGAUGCUCACUGCUCGGUGCGGACUUGAAUCGACAUUGGCUGGCGCCCUCAGCGUGGGCUCAACCCACUCUAUACGCUGUCAAGAACUUAUUGCUUAGAUACAACGCCAACUCGGUCUGA